AUGGACGAAGGGCCUCAUGUGGUUAUUGGCGCCGUUAGUAUGGUUAUUCCCUACUCCAUGACGAAGAAAGAAGAGAAGGCUAUUAGAAAGAAAAUGCGACAUCCAGGGGCGAAAGGUGAUUUUGGUUACAUAGAAUAUGUGGAAGUUGUAGAAUCCUGGAGAGGGAAGGGUAUCGGCACUAAAAUGUUGAAACGUGCCAUCCUCAAGGCCAUCGGUGAAUUCUGGAUUAUUGCUUUGUCCCUGAAGGUUGAUUACGAGAAUUUGCCAGCCAUCAAGGUCUACGAGAAACUCGGAUUCAAGAAGAUCCUGAGUAAGUUGAGACUCCCUGCUGAACACUGGAUAGUUUUCCUCUAA